CCAGGGUGGAGACCCGAUUUAAACGGGCCGGGCACCCAACCUACGACCCAAUACACAGCAACCUCUUUCCCUAAUCAAAUCAAUUGUUUGUUCAAGCUUUGAGAACCAGGAAAUAUAACCCUAGAAAUAAGACGACGAAAGACGUUAGCGUUUUCGCUCGACUUCGAUUGAGAAUUUCCACCAGAAUAUAUCAGUCGAUUGCAAAAAGAGAUAACCCAAAAUAACGAAAAGAGAGUUUUAUUUUAUCGGUUAAAAUCGUUGUUCGUGUAAGAGAAAUGGGAGAAGAAGAGGGAAAGAAGAGGAGGGUGGUGGUGGAGUCAUUGGGCUGGCUAACAGAAUCGUCGAUAUUGCCAAAGAAGCAUAGAGCUAUAGAGGGAGUGGGUCCUUCUUCCAUUCUUGAACUCAAAGCCCAACUCUACAAAUCACAGGAGGAGGCCAAGGUUUCUAAGCAAUCCUCUGCCUUCGCAGCCGCUUCAGAUGCCAAUUAUCACCGCGCCAAGAAGAAAGUCACUCCCUGCGACCCCUUCUCCGCCAAGAAUUCCGGUGUUGAAUCCCGCGCUCUGAAGGACAAGCUCGAGCUUAAAGCGGUUAAGGAUGGAUCAGCAAGCUAUGCAGCAUUGGAGAAGAAGGCAGAGCUAUAUGAUAAGUUAGUAAGAGGAGAGUUAUCUGAUGAGGAAGACAAGGAAAAGUAUUGUGUUGAUUUUUUCCGCAAGGGCUUUGAUCAGGAACACUCUCAGCCGCCACAAAACCGAAGCUUUGACGCAUCUGAUGCAGUAGCUCCGGAAGACGAAGACGGUGACAAUGAUGCCUCUUUGCUCUUCACCUCAAAAUUUGUUGGGCCUGGUCGAACAGCUGGUGCAAUGGAUAAAGAUGAGCACAAACGUUUUGUGAGGGAAGUUCAUGAAGAAGCAAAUCAAGCAAGGGAAAAGGUAUCAGAGCUCAAGCUGCGUAGACAGGAACAAGCAGCAGCUCAUAGGGAAAAACUAAGACAGGCAUAUCUUCGUAAAAAAUUAGAGAAACUGAAAGCUGCAUCAAAUGCAGAACAGAUAUGAUUAAGGAAAGGUGGGAGGUGAUCCAUAUUGUUCGAUCUUAAGAUCUAAUUCACAAGUUCAGACAGUGUGAAAACGUGACACAUGAACAUAUUGGAAAAUGAGAAAUUUUUGUCGAACCUAUUUUUUCUCUUUGUAUUAUAGAGCCCAAAAGCAUCCUCUGCAGCCAAUUGUCUGGUUUCUUUAGCUGUCUUGUAAAUGUUGUUCAAUGAGAUCAAAUAGAUAUUCAGGUUUAGACAUGUUGAAAUAAUUAUUUUCUGAUUUUUGCUGUAACUGAAAGCGUUUCCUUAAUGUUUACUUUCAGGAUGACACCUCUACUUA